GUGUGUGAGUGUGUGUGUGUGUGUGUGUGUUUUCCUUUGCAGUAAUGCGGCGGCCCCGGUGAAAUGCGCCUGAAAUAGAGCGAGGAGGAGCGGGAGGACAGAUCCAUACCAAAGGCAGGCAGAAGAAGCAAGGAGGACGGUAUAUUCAAAACUGGCAGUUGGAACACAUUCGGAGAUAAUUUCCUGGGAAUAAUAUACAGUUCAUAAUUAAGCUAACAGAAGAUCUUGGCUUCACAUAUUUUUUCUUCCUCUGGUUCUGGUGUCGUCCAGAGUACCCAGCCCAGAGGACAGCUUUGCUCUUGGGGAGCACUUAACUGGCAGAAAUGCUACCAAGGGAAGGGAUCCUACUGCACUUAAGAUUGCUGCUCAUCUUGACUCUAAGUCACCAAGUUACAUCCAUUGAAGUCCCUCUCGAUCCAAACCUUCAGAAUCAGUUGAACCAGCCUCCAACCAUCACCAAGCAGUCUCCAAAGGAUUACAUUGUAGAUCCACGGGAUAACGUAAUGAUCGUUUGUGAAGGAAAAGGGAACCCAACACCUGUAUUCUCAUGGACUCGCAAUGGAAAGUAUUUCAAUGUUGCCAAAGAUUCCAGAGUGUCUAUGAGAUCGCGGUCGGGAACUCUGGUCAUGGACUUCCGAUACAGUGGCCGGGCAGAGGACUACGAGGGCGAGUAUCAGUGCUCAGCCAGAAAUGACCACGGCACAGCGCUCUCCAACAAAAUACACCUCCAGGUUUCCAAAGCUCCCCUGUGGCGGAGAGGGAACGUGGAGCCAUUUGUAGUUCAGGAAGGAGCAUCCGUGUAUCUGCCCUGCCAACCGCCCGCAGGUCUCCCACCUCCUGUCAUCUUCUGGAUGAACAGCAAUAUGGAUCUGAUCCCUCAGGAUACACGGGUCUCUCAGGCUCUGAAUGGUGAUCUCUACUUCUCUAACGUGAAGCGCAGUGAUGCACACUUUGAUUACAUCUGCAAUGCCCGAUUUCCCUUCACUCAGACCAUCCAGCAGAAAAACCCCAUCACCAUCAAAGUACUGACCACUCACCCUGUCACUGAACAGAUUCCAAAGUUCAUGGUGCCAGAAGGGACAUCGAGCAGCAGAAUCAUUCUACGAGAAGAGGACCUAUUACUGGAAUGUAUUGCAUCGGGAGUGCCCACGCCAGAUAUCGUUUGGUACAAGAAAGGUGGUGAAUUGCCGUGGCCAAAAGUGCGAAUGGAAAACUUCAACAAGACGCUAAGGAUCAUGAAUGUUUCAGAGGAGAACUCGGGCGAGUAUUUCUGCCUGGCAUCCAAUAAGAUGGGGAGCAUUAGGCACACCAUCACAGUGAGAGUAAAAGCUGCUCCUUACUGGCUGAAUGAACCCCAGAACUUGGUGCUAGCUCCUGGGGAGUAUGGCAGACUUCUGUGCCGAGCCAACGGGAACCCCAAGCCCAAUAUCCAGUGGCUGGUGAAUGGUGAACCCAUAGAAAAGGUUCGUCAGAAUGUGAAUCGAGACGUCUCUGGGGACACGAUCAUCUUCCGAGAGGCACAGAUUGGAACCAGUGCCGUAUACCAGUGCAAUGCUUCCAAUGAGCAUGGAUACCUGCUGGCCAAUGCAUUUGUCAGCGUGUUAGAUGUAAAACCCCGGAUCCUUUCCAAACGAAACCAGGUCAUCAAGGUGAUUGAAAAUAACCGGACGCAGCUCGAGUGCAGGUUCUUUGGCUCUCCAAUCCCCGUCCUGCGAUGGUUUAAGGAUGGACAGGGCAAUAAUCUUUAUGGUGGGAACUACAUCAUCCACGACAAUGGCACUUUACAGUUGCGUCGGGCUCGGAAGUCAGAUGAGGGAACCUACACUUGCAUAGCAACCAACGUAUUGGGAAAGGCAGAGAACAGGCUGCGGCUGGAAGUCAAAGAACCAACAAGGAUUAUAAAGGCCCCAGAAUCCACCAUAGUUAAGAGAUCACAUGCUGCCAGAUUUGACUGUAAAGUGAGGCACGAUCCAACAUUGCGACUGAAGGUAACCUGGCUGAAAGAUGACAAAGUUCUCUCCUUACCAUGGAGGGCAAAGGAAGAUGAGGAUUCUUUAACAAUCAUCAAUGUGUCAGAGCGAGAUGAAGGAACCUACACCUGUGUUGCCCGCACAGACCUGGACAGCGACUCAGCCAAGGCACGUCUCACUGUUCUAGUUGUUCCUUCCACCCAAAUUACCCCGCUUGCUGCUGUACUAAAAGACCGUCCUGCACCUCCUCGAGAUCUGGAACUAACGGACCCAGAAGACCGUAGCAUAAGAUUGACCUGGAUUCCCGGUGAUGACAACAACAGCCCAAUCACAGAAUUCAUUGUGCAGUAUGAAGAAAAUAGGUAUGAGCCCUGGAAGUGGCAUAAUCUAACCAGAAUCCCAGGCAAUAUCAACUCUGCAGUGCUGCAGCUUGCACCAUACAUGAACUAUCAGUUCCGGGUGAUCGCUGUGAAUGAAGUUGGUGAAGGUGCCCCCAGCGUGCCCUCCGAGCGUUACCAGACGACUGGAGCAGCUCCUGAGAUGAAUCCCGUUGAUGUGAGAGGAGCAGGAAUAACGGAAUCCAGCAUGGAGAUCAGGUGGACGCCUCUGAGUGGCACCCAGGUCAGUGGUCCCAAUAUCAGAUAUGUAGUCAGCUGGAGACAACGGGGCGUGCGUGGAGAGUGGUCAACGGUCACAGUGACCAGGCCCAGUUACAUUGUCUCUCCGACACCCCUCUUUACACCCUAUGAGAUUAAAGUCCAGGCGGUGAAUGAUUUUGGGCCAGGUCCGGAGCCAAACAUCAUAAUCGGGUACUCAGGCGAAGAAUAUCCUAAUGCAACACCAACUAGCAUCUCUGGAAGGAAUAUUAACAGCACUGCCAUCCUACUGCAAUGGAGGGGGCUGCCUCAAGAAAAUAUCCGAGGAUACCUGAUAGGCUACAGGAUUCAGUACUGGAACGAGGGAAGUCUGCUGAAGUCCACCCGAUACCGGUCCCGCGUGGAGGUUAUGGAGUCCACUGGGCAGCGCCCGCGUGCCAUUGUCUCGGGACUGCAGCCGUACAGUAUGUACAAGAUGCAAGUGGCAGCAGUCAACGGCAGAGGCGCUAGUCCUUGGAGUGAAGUGUUUGCGAUUAACACCACUGAAGGAGUGCCUGGGAAGCCGGCUUCCCUUCGGAUCCGGCAACCGGAUUUGGAAACGAUCACGUUGCAAUGGACUCCCCCAAGGGAUCCAAAUGGGAUUAUCACCGGCUACACGAUAAACUACCACCCACUAACUGGUUCCCGGGCACGGCGCAAUUCCACAAUUCCCAGACUUCCGCCCGACGUGACUAGUUACAAGCUGGAGCGGGCUGAUGCGAAUACCAGGUACAGGUUUUACGUCUUCGCUCAGACCAGUCAAGGUAACGGAGAAGCAAUCAUGUUGGACUCGCCCCUCUUUGAAAAUGAAGUCACCCCUACCGCUGAGAUUGCAAUAACAGAAGGAGUCAUCUCAGGAUUUAUUCCCAUGCCAACCAUCUCAGCUGAAACCAGCAUAACAACCGAAGCCACUACCACCACUACCACCACCACCAGCGUCGCGCCCCCGACCACCACCAUCACCGAAUUCGUUCCACCAGCCAUCACAGGCACUCGCAUAUAUGUGGAAGCUCCUGGUAGAAUUUGGAACCUCACUACAUCAGCAGGCAAUGACUUGGUCAAUAUCACGUGGAAUCAUGAUUUCUCGAGCGAAAUGGCCGAGUUUAUGGUUGAAUACAUUCACAGUAAUGGCACGGCGAAACAGCAGCAGGUGAAGGUCGGUCAGAACUCUACCCAGAUCCUGGGCUUAACGCCCGGCAUCCUGUACAAAGUGCGAGUAUACUCCGCCCUGUUCCCGUUCGUCACCAGCAACACCACCACCUUUGAGACCAGCCCAGCCUACACCAACAACCAUGUUUCCAUUGCCACUCAAGGCUGGUUCAUCGGCCUGAUGUGUGCGGUGGCUCUCCUGGUCCUCAUCCUACUGAUCGUGUGCUUCAUUAAGAGGAGCAAAGGAGGCAAGUACCCAGUUAAAACCACGGAAGAGAAUCGGCCUUCACAGGAUGACAAUGGAUACCUACCCAGGCUGGACAAAAGGUCUCUAGAAAGUGACAACGAAGACAGCAAAAAACCUCAGGGCAGCCAGUCUUCAGUGGAUGGGACGGUGAAGCAAGAGGAAAGCGAUGACAGCAUCGUCAUUUAUGGUGAUGGUGACGAAAAUUCCCGCUUUGGUGAGGACGGCUCCUUCAUCGGCCAGUAUACGGUCAAAAAAGACAAAGAGGAGACAGAGGGCAAUGACAGCUCAGAGGCCACGUCUCCAGUUAACCCGGCCUACUCCUUGGCACAGAUGUGAAGGGAAGAAAAGACACCAGAGCAUAUGGGCACAGGUGCUACCAAGGCAGUAAAUACAUUUGAUUUACCUACCAAUAUUCGUACACCAUGGAAAAACAAAAAUUUGAUUAUCCAAAUUUGAAAGGCCGAGCAGUGAAGAAGACAAGAUAACACCUGAAGAAAAGGAGGGAAUGAAAGGAUGCAGUGUGGAAAUUAGAGCGGUUUACUGGGCUUUGGAAAAAUGUAGCCACCGUUUAUUGCGACUGUAUUCAAUAAUCAUGCCCGCAAGAGUAAGAAAUGCUGAUUUUUCUCCCCAUUCACUUUAGAUUGCAAGUAACACCACAUUGGGGUAAUGUGUAACACUGUCUAUAGAUGUCGCUAGCUAGCACCUUGUCAUUCUCCAGUUAUACACUCUGGCUAUGUGUGUUAGAUGCCAGCUGACCACAGCUCUACAUCAGAAGAAAGCUCUGGGAGGAUUUUUAUCAUUAUGCUGUUUUUGACAAAAAGCGUACUCUGGGAUAUGACAACUGAAAUGAUAUAAGGGGAGAUGGUUGUGUUCACUGGUUCCCCUCACUACCCUGUCUUGUUUUGGACUAUACACUCCUUCAAAACCAAAGGUUAGGCCAAGCUGAUGUUAAGGGAGUGAUGUUUAUUAAGAGCAACUGGACUUGUAAAACCUCUUGCAUGCAUGGAAUUACUUAAGUAUGGUGCACAGAAACAAAUUCAUCAGGCGUAAUUUUUCAGGUCAAGCCUUAGGGAGAAAAGUUCCAUCUCACACUUUGGCAUUGUUAGUUGGCAGCAUUAUCAUUGAAGGAUCAGUUCCACCCCUUGUUUCCAUCCCCAGAAUCAGCAGAGCAGAAUGCCCUGGUCUCACCCAAGAGAGCCCUUUGCUGAAUCUGUUUCUCGCAAAGGGAAACUAGGCAGUCGCCAUCAUUCCACAGAUAAUUUUGCUUCAAAGGGUUUGAGAUACAAAUGAGCAGACUUCCGCUGAAAUUUCUCACACUCUUCUCAGCUGGCUUCCUGUAAAAGUUCAGGCGCCCUUAGUCAUUUGCAGAUAUAUUCAAAAUGGUGGGGCUCCAACUCCCAGCCACUUGUGAGAUAAACCAUAGCUCCCAUCUAGAAGUAAGUUUCAUCAUUUCCAAUCCCAGUGGUGACAUAUCUCCAUCCUUCAGCAAUUUUAAUUCUUGACCUCGGAUUGCACAUCCUUCAGUUAAAAAUUCUUGAUAUUUCCUCUGCUCAGAUUCAUUUUGUCAAGUUAACAACAUCUUUGCUCCUUGUUCCUUGCAGAUAAACACAUCAACUACUGUAACUUAUGUUCUGUAUUGAUUUUUGUCCAGCUUAGUGGAACAGACAAGAAGAGUAGGCAGCCAUUUAAUGAUCCAUAUCUAACAUCCCAAGACCAAUGAGGCACUAAAAAUAUCAAGACAUGUGCUGUCUUAAUCUACAGCUUGUGACCUUACACUGAACCACACUUAACAUGGCACCAUUCUGAGAAUUAUUAUUCUAGUGCCAAUAUCAAUCAGAUGUUUGGAAGUCAAGAUUCAAUUUCCUAUUCAUAGAAGCAACAAUAUUUAUGACGUCCAGGAAGAUUUUUAUAUUUAACAGUUCAGAUUGCUUCCCUAAAAUUAGAAUCUCUGUGCCAAAUUCUCUGUGCUGUGAUGUUAUUCUUAAAGUAGAGCUUUUCAGCUCCAAAUUGUUCAUUUUAAUCAGUUCCUUGACACUCUGGUUAAGAGCUCACAGGGUCUAUCUACUUAGUUCAGACCCUCGAACACUUUGCUGCCCUUCUUAAUUAUGCUGCUUUCCACCUUCUUCAAUUCCUUCUGGGGUGGGGGGCAAUGGGAUAGCAGUGGCAAAGACGAAGAGGGGCACAGGUAACCAAAGUUGUAGAGUCAUAGAAAGUACAGCACAGAUACAGGCCCUUUGGCCCAUCUAGUUUAAGCUGAACCAUUAUGCUGCCUUAUCCCAUUGACCUGCACCUGAACCAUAGCCCUCCAUACCCCUCUCAUCCAUGCUCUUCCUCUGGCAGCUCAUUCCACACUCUCAUCACCCUCUGAGUGAAGAAGAUCCCCCUCAUAUUCCCCUAGUGUGUGCGCUCGUGCUUCCCAAUUGUUGUUGACUCAGCGCCAAUGGAAUUGAAUAGAUAGGCAUUCAGAGAUAAGCACUAUAAUAGUCACCUGGCCACCAGAUUCAACAGGAAGGCAGGUAGAGAAGGUUAUUAGACCUUCAAUGACUGCUUAAGCAGUUAAAACAAUGCUAAUCUGCAAACAUGUAUCCACUUCCGCCCUCCACAAUUCCUUCAUAGUUUUGGUUAAUAAAAAAGACAUCAAUCUGACAUUUAAAAUUAACAUUGAUGAUGGUUUCAAACUUCUAUCACUGUUGAUCCUCCAGCUCUCCAUCCAGCAGCUGGGAUAGACAGGAAUAUCAACAUGUUCCAACCAGAAAAUUAGGUCUUUCUUUUUUAAUCAGAAUCAGCUUUAUUAUCACUGACAUGUUGUGGAAUUUUUUGUUUUGCAACAGUGGUACAAUGUAAUAUCUAAAACAUAAUUACUAUGUGCCACAAUAGGAACUAUUAAGAACAAAUAAGUAGUGCAAAAUUAUCUGCUUUGAUAAAAAAUGCAUAUAUUGGAAAGAGGAAAAAUCAAAGUCCUUGAUCUAACCAUUCACCCUUUGUUAUUUAUUUUAACCUGUAACGUAGUGAUGUAUAUGUGGUGUCACUUCGAGGCAAGCACAUUUCUAUUAGCAAGUUUCACUGUGUAUAGGUUAUUACAGUAUGUGUUUAUUGCGUACAACAGAUAGUGAAUUUUCGGCUCCUUAAUCCUUAAAACUCAUUUUGUUUGCAUAAAGCAAAUUCCUUCUACUUUCCUAAUUGAAAUUGCUAAAGAGUUCCAUGUCCCAUACAAUUAUAUGACAUAGAAAGUGGAUGCUAGCUAUCAACCACCCAUCUUUGCAUGAAUCCCAUCUGGUUCUCCCCGUAUUCCCAUCAAUUCCCACUCACCAACAUACAUCUUUGGGAUGUGGGAGGAAACUGGAGCUCCCAGGGUCACAGGAAGUGUGUGCAAACUCCACACAGACAGCACCAGAGGUCAGGAAUGAAGGCAGGUCACAACAGCUCUACCUGCUGCACCAGAGUGGUUUUUCAUCCAGCUCUUUACAUCCUUUCCACUGCUCAGAAAACUCUGUUCCUUUGUUUCCUCUAGACCUGAAUCGUCCAAUAUCUCAUGAUCACUCAGCCUCAUUUUAUUUUCUCUAUACUUAUUAUCCAAAGUUCGCCCACCUGUGUGGCUAACUCAGAUCGCUAGCGAUUAUUGCAAUGCUAUUGUAUCUUGGGGCAUUGGAGUUCAGAGUUCAACCCUGAUCAAGUCAAGUCAUUUUUAUUGUCAUUUCAACCGUAACUGCUGGUACAGUACACAGUAAAAAUGAGACAAUGAUUUUCAGGACCAUGGUGCUACAUGAAACAAUACAAAAAUUACACUGAACUACGUAAAAACAGCACAGAAAAAAACUACACUAGACUACAGACCUACCCGGGACUGCAUAAAGUGCACAAAACAGUGCAGGCAUUACAAUAAAUAAUAAACAAGACAAUAGGCACAGUAGAGGGCAGUAAGUUGGUAUCAGUUCAGACUCUGGAUAUUGAGGAGUCUGAUGUUUUCUGUAUGGAGUUUGUACAUCCUCUCUGUGGAAUGCAUGGGUUUUCACCAGGUGCUCUGGAUUCCUCACACAGUCCAAAGACAUACAAGUUAGUAGGUUGAUUAUUAAUCAUAAAUUAUCCCAUAAUUACCUUAGGGAUAAAACCAGUGGGCUUCUGGCAGUGUGGUUCAAAGGGCCUAUUCCGCACUGUAUCUCUAAAUUAAUAAAGUCGGAUAUUUUCCCUGAGGUCAAAGGCCUAUUAUGUGCUCCGGGUUAAGAUCUAAUUUUCACUCUUAUCAAUCCUUCCAGUACAUAGAGAAGCAGGAGGAGACCAUUCAUCACCUCCUCCCCCCAUCUGCUUCAUCAGAGAGUAAGAUUGUGGUAAAUCUUUUGCAUGUCCCCCCCCCCCCAGCCUCCGUAAUCCCUUCCAGACCAACAACUCUCCAAGAUACCUGUGCUUUCUCCAUUGUUGCUUUUUGAUCCUUACAGUUCUGAUUAGACAGCCAUCCCUUCAAACAAGAAAAUAGAAGCAAGUGUGGGCAACCUGGCCUUCCAGUCCUGCUCUGAUAAUCAAUGUGACCACUGAAUUCCCUCAGCCCUCAACUCCUGCACCAAUUUCCCAUCGUCCUUAAUUCCCCAUUCUUUCAAAAACUUAGCUGGUAUUAAUGCUGAGACCUUUGGAGUUCCUUCACGGUUUCUCCUCCUCUCUACCCUACUUUAAAGGAAUUCUGAAGCCAGUUCUUAAAACCUACCUCCUUGACUGAACAUUCACCUAUGUGUUGGCCUGACAACACUUCUACAAGGCGCAUUAGGAUGUUUCACUGCGUUAAGAGUAUGACAUAUAUACGAGGUGUUAUGCUGACGCUCAGUAUUGUCAGGAGCCAACUUCAAAGAAUUUUCACUGCCUUUGCUGAAACUUAAUAGUAAGCUUAGUCGACUAAAAUGUUUACAGUAACCAUGGUGAAAUAACAAGCACUGUGUUGCAAUCCAUACCUGACCCCCACCCUAUCCCCAACCUUGCUCCGUUCCACUUACCAGCUCUUCUCAGGCCAUGUCAAUAACUCUUUGUUGGGGCAGGGUCAGAAGAAGUAAGCUGCCUGCAAACGUCGGUCAGAUUGACAUUGCAGACGCAGCGAAGUUGCAAGGAGAUACCAGGGGUAGCUGUGAGCUGUAGCCCAUUUCACACAUAUAUCCUGCCUGUCCUAUGCACGAGAGAGGUCUACAUUUUACACAAAGAGUGAUUGUCAUUAUGUGCCAUUACAGGAACUGGAGCAAAUCAGUACUUUUCUCACCAGCACAGCCAGCCAUCUUCCCUGGUAUAAAUUCCCACUUCCUCUUUAUGAGGAAGAACUGCACACAUGGAGCAGUACAUUGUGCAUGGAUGGUGCCUUGUUUUAAUGUACCUUGCCACUUGGUUUAAACCCAUAAACAGUCACAUCUUAAUUAAUGAGUGUCCAGUUUGUUCUUCUCUUCAUCACUUUUAUUCUUGUCUUCUGCUCUGCUACAUGUCAGUGGAAUCAUAAUGCUUUCUCCCCGAAUGUCCAUUUUAACAGUGGCCUUGAGGGAAAAGAAAACAGCCCAUCACAUAUCUAUUGCACCAACGUACUUGUGUGUAUCAGUUAAUCAUUUGCAACUUCUUCAUCUAUAGAAAUAUUUAUAUAUUCAAGCACGUAUAUUUUGAAUUUUAAUGUUUUACUUGUUGGCAAAGCCCACGGCUCAUUUGUUUAUUCUGACGAGCCCUAUUUA